AUGGUUGCAACGUCUGAGCCCAGACCUGAACUCUUCAGCAUUGCGCAGGAGCUACGAGAUCAGAUCUUUGACGAGGCCAUCGAAGACACCGAGGCGAUCUACGACCAUAAUGGAUUGAUGGCAACUUCUUGUUCGGGUGCACUGUCGGCCAGCAAGUCAUUUUACACUUGCUUCAAAAGUGCUCUGUCGCGUCGUAGGGAGAACUUCACCACCCAUCGUUUCACAAUCGACUUUAAGCUCUGCACUCAGACACAGAAAACCCAGCUUCCGGCUAUUCUUCUCGCUCUUCCUGAGCGCGCCACCGGGCUCCACCUCAUUAUCAAGGUGCACAAGUUCGGCAUCUUCAACAACACCCCGAUCACCGAGCUCAACGACAUCUCAGAGCCGUUGAAUAGCCUGAUCAUCGGUAUCAACGUCGAGGACCUCCUGAUCGAGCUCGAAGUGAUCGACCGCAGCAUUAUGGCUCCACUCGGCCACUCAGAAAAGCUCAAGGCGCGCGAUGUCUUCCAUCAACUCAUCCAUCAACUCGAGUCUCUGGAUUGGAAAGGCGAGCACAAGGUGGAAUCCAAAUUCUCCGGAGGCGCGAUUGUCGCGCACAAUCGUGCGGGUCGUCUUGCGACUGAGACCAACACGGCAGUGGGAGUCAUCACCACUCAAAGCCUUCACGACAGUACUGGAGUGUUCUAUCCAGGCGUUGAAGACUUGAUGAACACGUUUCAUUGCAAGGACCAUAUCACGCAGGCCAUCAAUGUUGGUCCCGGCCCAUCUUUCCAGAAUCCAGCCUACAGCAACAUCACGGCUAGCGGCGCUAAUGGGAUCAUCAAUGGUGGUUCAGCUGGUCAAGUCGGCGCGCUGCAUGCUUCUGCCCCUGUGCAGAACCACAAUGCCUUCUUCGACAAGUUUGAUGCGAUGUUCUGA